AAACAACAUAUAGACAUACGUAUCAACAUUGGAAAAAUUAGAGUGGGAAAGAAAUAAUUAAGGUGUAAUCGUGUCAUUAGUUUCUUAACUAAAUGGAUAAUUACACAAUUAUGUGGAUUAUGGUAGUGAUUAGCAUGAUGGUGAUUAGUUUAGUAGAUGCACAAACGGCUCCACCUUGUGCUGAUCAGAUAUUACCAUGCAUGGAUUACCUAAACUCCACCAACCCACCAGACAUUUGUUGCAACCCAGUCCAAGAUAUGUAUCACACAUCGCAUGAAACAUGUUUCUGUCAACUUGCAACUCCUGGACUACUUGAAGGUUUUGGUGUUCAACUUGAUCAGGCUAUCCAAGUUGUUCAUGCUUGCGGUGUCGAGUUCGAUGUCGCGUCCUGCAAAGCUUCUUCUCCGGCUUUUUCUCCUUCAUUGGUGACACCUCCAGCAACACGUGGAAGUGAUGAAGGAGGAGCAGAUAAGAUUACUUUAACUGGACUCAGUUUCAUAAUGUUCAUUUGGGCAUGUGUGCUGUUUCAUUAAGAAGAAAGUGCCAUGAGACAAAAAAUAUAUAUCUAAUCCAAAAUUGUAUUUUGAUAUUUGAUUUUCAUUAUUAUUGAGUGUGUAUCCAUGAACGUGGUCUUUCAUUAUACAGAUGUAUUAUUUUUAAUGAUGUGUGUCUCGUUAAUGUCUUAAAAUUAAAUUCAUUAAUUUUAAAACAUGUACAGCUUAAGAUAUUGGGAAUCAAUAAUGUAGCAAAGUUAUGGUUGACCAUAUAUUUAGCUUCCUCUAUAUGUCAAGAUA